UUCUCCCAGUUAUUGGUAUCAUUAUUCAGCUAAGGCCACAAAAUCUACUAAUUAAGGGACGUCGCCACCUUACGUGCAUGUGUUCGUUGUGGCAAAAUGGAACAGAUGAAACCAAACACCGCUAACUCUUCCCCUCUCACCCCACUCGGCUUCUUGGACAGAGCAGCCACCGUCUACGGCGACCCUCCUUCAAUCAUCUACAACCAAACCACCUUCACCUGGUCCCACACGCGCCGCCGCUGCCUCCAGCUCGCCUCCGCCCUCUCCUCCCUCGGAAUCCGUCCCGGCCACGUCGUCUCCGUCGUCGCCCCCAACAUCCCCGCCAUGUACGAGCUCCACUUCGCCAUCCCCUUCACCGGCGCCGUUCUCAACAACAUCAACACCCGCCUAGACGCGCGCACCGUCUCCGUCAUCCUCCGUCACGCGAACUCCACGGUCGUGUUCGUGGACUGCGCCUCACGCGAUCUGGUCCUCCAAGCCCUAUCCCUCUUCCCUGAAAACACUCAACGCCCAAUCCUCAUCCUCAUCACCGACGACACAGUGGAGAAAACCUCACCCAGCGUUGAUUUCAUGGACACGUAUGAGGGUCUCGUGAGCAAGGGCGAUCCAAGCUUCGAGUGGGUUCAGCCCAACAGCGAGUGGGACCCCAUGACUCUCAACUACACCUCAGGAACGACGUCGUCUCCCAAAGGUGUUGUUCACUCCCACAGAGGAGCCCUCAUCAUGACACUUAGUAUCCUUAUCGACUGGGCGGUGCCCAAGAACCCAAUUUUUCUCUGGACGCUUCCACUGUUCCACGCUAACGGCUGGAGCUUCCCGUGGGGGAUCGCAGCCGUGGGCGGCACCAAUAUAUGUGUCCGCAAGUUCGACGCCGAGAUUGUUUACUCUCUCAUAAAACGCCAUCACGUGACUCACAUGUGCGGCGCUCCCGUCGUGCUUAACAUGCUAACCAACUCCCCCGAAAACAAACCGUUGGAGAAGCCUGUGCAGAUUCUCGCCGCCGGAGCGCCGCCGCCUUCGGCGGUGCUCCUCCGGACUGAGGCGCUGGGAUUCAUGGUGAGCCACGGCUACGGUUUGACGGAAACCGGGGGCCUGGUGGUGUCGUGCGCGUGGAAGGAGAAGUGGAACCGGUUGCCGGCGACGGAGAGGGCGAGACUGAAGGCGCGGCAGGGGGUGAGAAUGGUGGGGAUGGCGGAGGUGGACGUGGUGGGUCCCACAGGGGAGAGCGUGAAGCACGACGGGGUUAGCAUAGGGGAGGUUGUGAUGAAAGGAGGGUGUGUGAUGUUAGGGUACUUUAAAGACCCCGAAGGAACCGCGAGUUGUUUGAAGAACGGUUGGUUCUACACCGGGGAUGUUGGGGUCAUGCAUGAAGAUGGGUACUUGGAAAUUAAGGAUAGGUCAAAGGAUGUUAUUAUUAGUGGCGGUGAGAACGUGAGCAGUGUGGAGGUGGAGUCGGUGUUGUAUAAUCACCCGGCGGUGCAUGAGGCGGCGGUGGUGGCGAGAGCGGAUGAGUAUUGGGGAGAGACGCCGUGUGCGUUUGUGAGCUUGAAAGCAUGUGUGAAGGAGAAACCCACUGAGAAAGACAUAAUUGAAUAUUGUAGGGAGAACAUGCCGCGUUACAUGGUUCCGAAAACGGUGGUUUUCAAAGAUGAGCUUCCGAAAACGUCGACGGGGAAGAUCCAGAAGUUCAUGCUGAGACAGAUUUGCCGAGGACAUGGGACGACUCCUCUCUUCUCAUUCACUAAGACCCUACAGAUUGGUGUCAACUGGUGGCAUGUUAGAUUCUGAGAUUAAUAUUUUAAUUUUGCAAUUAAGUUUGGAAAUUGGAAUAAUGAAUUGUUAGGAACUUACUGCUGCUACUACUAAUCUAAAUUUAGGAUUUAUAGACAUAAAUCCUCCUGAGAUUUCCCUUAAAAGCUCUAGU